UGCCUGGAAAAGCACCAAGAAAUCUUGAGGUUUAUCCCAGCCCUAGGAAAGCUUGGUUAGAUUGGAAAGUCGUACAACCAUAUUAUCAAUAUGGCAAACAAAUAAGUUACCGGAUCAUAGUGAAAAAUUUAAGAACUGCAGAAAUAGAUUUUGGCCAUCACGUUGCCGUACAAGAUCAAUCGAAAAUUGAUUAUGGUAAAUUGCUUGAUGGUUUGAAAGGACUCACAAAUUAUCAAUUGAACGUGUCUUUGAUAAAUGUGGUUGGAGAAGGGCCUAUAACCAGUCUUUUGUUUGCAACUCUCGAAGGAGGUGAGGAUCGAGAUUUUCAUUCAUGGUAUUGUUGAGAUAUGUUGGGGACAUGGACGACCAGCUAACUUUGAGAAAGUCACUCUCUGAUGGCAUUAUUUGUUACAAGCUGCCAAUUGGCAUUUUCCUAUAGUUUACACAUUGGUGAACAAGACUAUGCAGGGUGUAUAAAAAAAACUGAACAGAUUUGAACUUGCUCUUAAUUUUGCAAAACAGCUAUUAGUAUCCUGGGUUUUUUUAUAUAUAUAGCUUCUUUGGGUACUUAUGAUGUAGAAUAAUGAAAACAAUUUCUCGAACACAAAUUUUGUAAACCAGGGGGUGUGUCUUUUCCGACAAACUAAAAAUAGCUUGCGCACGAGAUUUAAAAGCUAUAAUCGUAUUUUGAGUUAAUGGAUGAAAACUGUGUUGGGUGUGUAAUUGCUGCACGAAAUUUCAGACAAUUUGCUUCAGUUUAAGCCCUUCAACUAUUCACGCAAACGUACAUUUUUUCCUAAAAAUUCAUCAUUUGCAUGCUUAAUUAAUGCAUUUGCCUAAUUGCAUAUGUCAGCAAUAUGCAAAUUAGGUAAACGCAUUAAUUAAGCAUGCGAAAGGCUGAUUUUUUAGGAAAAAAUGGAUAGUUAAAGGGCUUAAACUAAAGCAAAUUGUCUGAAAUUUUGUACAGUAAUUAAAAACCCAACAAAUUUUCCAUCCAUUUACUCAAAAUACGAUUAAAGCUUUAACUCAAAAUACGAUUAAAGCAAUUCCGUGCGCAAGCCAUUUUUAGUUUGUUGGAAAAGUCACACCCCUGGUUUAAAAAAUUUGAGUUCGAGAAAUUGUUCCCAUUAUUCCACAUUAUAAGUACCCAAGGAACCUAUAUACAUAAAAAACUGGAUACUAAUAGCUGUUUUGCGAAAUUGAGAGCAAUUUCAAAUCUGUUCAGUUUUUUUUUUUGUACACCCUGAAUAUGUUGGCAUCUCUGAUUUUGGCUUUAUUUAUUUUGCCUAAUAUAAUACUGUGGUGACUAAAAAUGUAAAAUUUUAAGUUCACUUUUCACAAAAAUAAUCUAUACCAUCAGAACGAUAGCAAAAAAGUAUAUAUAAGACAUUUCAGCGAGUAGUGCGAAUUUUCAAGCCGGUUUUGAGUUGAAGGAGCUUAAAAUUGGCAAAAUAGUAACUAUUAACAUCCAUUUUUCUCUGGGUAUUCUGAUUUCCCAGUAAACCACACACGUAAAAACGCACAAGUUGUAACAAACCUACAGCAGACUUGUAGCAAUGCUGUUCCAACAACUUGUCAACAGGAUGUGUUCGCACUGCUUGUUCCCAGUUGUUGCCAACUUGCUACAAAGUUGUUGAGCUCAACAGACUUGUUACAAGUUGUUCCAACAACUUGUUAUUGUCCUGCAAUUCAACAAUUUGUCAACAAGUUGGGAGUGACAACCUUGUAGCAACUUGAUUAAAUAACAGCAUUGUUACAACUUGUUGACAAGCUUGCUACAAGCCUGUUGCGAACACAUCUUGUUGACAAGUUGUGAGAUUUUUACGUGUAUAUCAUUAAUAAUUUUGAUUAUUUUUGUUCGUUUUAGUACCGAGUGCUUAUCCACAACAGUUCAGCAUCGUCAACGUUACGUUCAAUACAAUCUCGGCGACAUGGGAAGCUAUUGAUUUCGAGGAAACUCAUGGUAUACUCCGAGGUUAUCACAUUUAUUAUAGACUGGCUGGCUUGAAUGGUACCUGGGCUAAUGUUAGUGUGACCGACCUGGCGGCGAAUGCACCAGUUCUUAGUUUGAGGUCCUAUGAAAUAAGAGUAUGUGGAUACACAAGAGUUGGGGAUGGGAUAAUUUCACCUAUACAUAUUGUUAAUACGACAGGAUUUAGUAAGUACAUAAUUAUUAUGUUUUUUUUGAAUUAG